AUGGAGGGGAAGAAGUGCUUCUACAUCACGGAGAAGGGGAAGAAGCAGAACUUCAGAAACAUCAAGCUGAUCACCUUCGAUUUGGACCACACCAUAUGGAACAUCGACGGCCUGCUCAACUACGCAGACAAGGAGUGCUACGAAUACAUGAAGAAGAAUUACAGGAGGCUGUAUGACUACCUCCAGGAGGAGUACCAGCUAUCGAUCACCAACCUGGUGAAGCAGUUGCUGGAAAAUAAAAUAGAAGAUAACAAUGAUGGGGUCCAGACCUUAACAAACAUGAGGAUAGAUGCGUUGAAAUUUUUGGCCAAGAAGACAAACUACGAUGAAGGGAAAUUCGUUUCCGAGAUACAGGAGCUUUGGAAGGAGAAGAAGAACGACGUGCAUUUGUUUAUCUCCCCAGGGACGUUGGAAUAUUUGAGGGAACUGAAACGGAGGGGCUACACCCUAGGAGCUAUAACAAAUGGAGACUCAGAUGUAAACGGGAUCAAAUUUUUAAAUGAAAUUUUUACCUUCGUCAUUAGGUCCAUGGAUUAUAACCAUUCCAAGCCAAGUGUAGAAAUCUUUAACAUCGCAGAGAAUAUUUUGAAAAAGAAAAAUUUUCAUUUUGAAAUCCACCAGUGGAUGCAUGUGGGGGAUGAUGUCUACACUGACAUCAUGGGGGCCAAGAAUAAAAAUAUUAACUGUGCCUGGAUCACCAUGUUUCGGGAUGGUAGCGAGGUUCCUCCUAAUGACUGGUACCCCUAUUUGAAGCUGAAGCUGGAGGAAAACGGAGACUCCCACCUGUCUCAGUACGACCCCUUUGCGGACGGCCUCUUUUCUCGCUUCCGCAGGAGGGACGUCGUUCUCCCGUAUGAGUACAUAGACAUUGAGAUUCGCCACUGCCGCGACUUGGACGCCAUCCUGGCGUAG